AACUGGUGUGACGUCAGCUCGUAUUUGACUGAGAGAGUGAGAGGGAGAGAAUGUGCGUGUGCGCGCGGGGGGGGGUGUUAAUACUCAGACCUGCACACAGUACCUGCUCUUCAUCCUUUUCCAUGCUCAUCACUUAUCGCCAGGCAAGCACCGAGGCACCAACCAGGAUCACAAACCCCGCGGAGAAGCGUAAAGUAUGCCUCCUGAGGCGCUUCCGUUUGGAUUCGGUGUCGGUUGUUUAAUCUUUGGCGGAUUUUACGCGGACGAGUGGAUGAAUGGAUCCAAAGGACUCCGAGUCGUAAGUUGCAGGUUAAAGCUGGAAAACUUCUAGUUUGAAGCUUAUUGGAUUGUUGACUCUGCAGCGGAGGACUUCCCGCAUCAAAAGCUGCUGCUGCCCGCGGGGACCGCCGGGGAGCUCUGUGAGGACCCUGUGAUUUCUCGUGUCCAAGAGGAGAAGAAGAUCCUCUUUGCUGCUCCAGAUCUCCUCCACUGAGGAUCUGUCACUUCAGGCCUGUUUGUGACUACAUACGCGGAAGAUGAGAGCUGUCUCCUCUCUCCGUCGAAUAGGAAUGUAUGUGGCGUCGUGAGGAGGCACUAGCCUGAGGACAGUUUGGAGUUUUUUUUGCCCACACAUUCUUCACCUCAUGCAGUUCCUUCGGCCGGCCUGGGCUUUGACUGCCGCCGCGGUCUGCUUCCUGCUCCUAUUGCUCCUCCACAGCCAAAUCCUGAGAGAAGGCCAGCUGGUAGCAGGGACCUGUGAGAUUGUGACUCUGGACCGUGACAGCAGCCAGCCCAGGAGGACCAUCGCACGGCAGACAGCUCGCUGCGCCUGCAAGAAGGGACAGAUCGCUGGUACGACGAGAGCCAGACCAGCCUGUGUGGAUGGUAAGAUCCUCACUGUCCUCAGACGGCUGCUGCUGACUGUUCGUAUCAUCACGAGUCGACAGUGGUGUGAGAUGACUCCGUGCUUAGAGGAUGAAGGCUGUAAUCUCCUGGUCAAUCAGUCAGGCUGGACCUGCACUCAACCAGGAGGCAGAGUGAAAACCACCACGGUCUCCUGACAGUGACAACUACAACAACUACAGCUCACCAGAAAGACAGGUUCCCAUCAUCCAUUACCCAUCAUCAGCUAGCGGAUCAUCCUCUCCAGCUGCAGUUGCUGAAGACCAAUCACAGAACACCGCAGCCUUCAGAGUCGCAGGUCAAAGCACCAGCACUUCCUGUUUGAUGCAUGGGUGAACUAUGGAAAUUGAAGCUUAAACUUCUUUUUGGGAAAAACAGUGACUGUGUUUGUUUUCCGUGAGAUUUGAAAAGCAAUUUUAGUGCACUGGAUGGUUACCUUUUUGUGGCACAAAACUCUGUUUCAUUUUUACAUACCAAAGAUGAACAGAGCCCAUGAAGACAUGUUUUUGGAGGGGAUAAGACAUUCAGAAUGCCACUCUACCACAUACCCUACUAUAUCUUUGUAUAGAAAUGAACAUAUUGUAUAAUUAUCUACUACAUGGCUUAACUAAGAAAAGUAAAAAUAAUAUGAGUUAUUUAAAAAAAAAAUGUGUCUCUGAAUGAAGAGAGAUGAAGCUGUUGUUUCUGUUGGGACACUCUGGGUAUGUGCUGGACAUCAGUCUGGUAGAGAAGGUAGAGGGAAAAAAAUCAUAUCAGACAUUUUUAUGACAGAAACAUCAAGACUUGCACUUUAUGUAGACACUUGAAAUGUUGUUUUACAGAUAAAAAUUUCCAUCAACCAGGCAGGAACUUUGAGUGUGGUAACAAGUGGAAGAAUAUACAGCAACUGUUCAUAUUGAUGCGCAUACUUAAAACAAUGGAACUAAAUAAACCUCAGACACUUAUAUUAUAGUACUUGAUUUUGAGCCUCUUUGGGUUCACUUUUAAGUUAUAUCAGACAUUAAAAUUGUCAAAGUUUUCAGUUUUAUUGUGCAGGUAAUAACUGAGACAGUGAUGCUGAUAAAUGCAUGGAACUUCAGCAAUAUGAACUCACCUCCUAAUUUGAUUUAGACAUAAAUAACAUCAGAUAUUUCAGGAAUAUUAUAUUGUCUCUUCUAAUAAAACAAUGCAGUGUAGUCGCUCCCGAUGGUUACAUGUCACUAUCCCUCAUUAAAAAAAAAAA